AUGAGCCCCCUUCGAUGGGGGCUUCUGCUCAGUUGCCUGAGCUGUGGAAUCCUGCCUGGGGUCUGGGCGCAGUUUCCCCGGGUCUGCAUGACGAUGGACAACCUCGUGUCUAAGGAGUGCUGCCCGCCGCUGGGUGCGGAGCCGGGCAACGUCUGUGGCUCUCAGGCGGGCCGAGGCCAGUGCACGGAGGUGCAGACAGACACCAGGCCCUGGGGUGGUCCCUACGUCCUGCGAAACCAGGAUGACCGAGAACGGUGGCCACGGAAGUUCUUCAAUCGGACCUGCAAGUGCACAGGAAAUUUUGCUGGCUAUAACUGUGGAGGCUGCAAGUUUGGCUGGAUUGGCCUCAACUGCGAUCGAAAGAAACCACCAGUUGUUCGACAGAACAUCCAUUCCUUGACUCCUCAGGAGAGGGAGCAAUUCUUGGGUGCCUUAGACCUCGCAAAGAAGACCAUACACCCCGACUACGUGAUCACUACACAACACUGGCUGGGCCUGCUUGGGCCCAAUCGAACCCAGCCACAGAUUGCCAACUGCAGCAUUUAUGAUUUCUUUGUGUGGCUCCAUUACUAUUCUGUUAGAGAUACAUUAUUAGGACCAGGGCGCCCAUACAAGGCCAUAGAUUUCUCACACCAAGGACCUGCCUUUGUCACCUGGCACCGGUACCAUUUGUUGUGGCUGGAAAGAGAUCUCCAGCGACUUAUUGGCAAUGAGUCCUUCGCUUUGCCCUACUGGAACUUUGCCACUGGGAGGAACGAGUGUGAUGUGUGUACAGACCAACUGUUCGGGGCAGCAAGGCAAGAUGAUCCGACUCUGAUUAGUCAGAACUCAAGAUUCUCCAGCUGGGAAAUUGUCUGUAAUAGCUUAGAUGACUACAACAACCGAGUCACCCUGUGUAAUGGAACCUAUGAAGGUUUGUUGAGAAGAAAUAGAGUGGGAAGAAACAGUGAGAAACUGCCAACCUUAAAAGAGAUACAAGAUUGUCUGUCUCUCAAGAAGUUUGACAAUCCUCCUUUCUUCCAGAACUCUACCUUCAGCUUCAGGAACGCCCUGGAAGGAUUUGAUAAAGCAGACGGGACCUUGGACUCUCAAGCGAUGAGCCUUCAUAAUUUGGUUCAUUCCUUCCUGAACGGGACAAGUGCUUUGCCACAUUCUGCUGCCAAUGAUCCCAUUUUUGUGGUCCUUCAUUCUUUUACUGAUGCCAUUUUUGAUGAGUGGAUGAAAAGAUUUAACCCCUCUGCGAAUGCCUGGCCUCAGGAGUUGGCACCCAUUGGUCACAAUAGGAUGUAUAACAUGGUUCCUUUCUUUCCUCCGGUGACUAACGAGGAAUUUUUUUUAACCGCAGACCAACUUGGCUACAGCUAUGUUAUUGACCUGCCAGUUUCAGUUGAAGAAACUCCAAGUUGGAACACAACCCUCUCGGUGGUUGUGGGAAUACUGGUGGCUUUGAUUGGUCUCUUGGUGCUGUUGGCUUUUCUUCAGUAUAGAAGACUUCGAAAAGGAUAUGCACCCCUAAUGGAGACACAUUUAAGCAAUAAGAGGUACAUGGAAGAAGCCUAAGGAACUCACACCUUACCU